GGGCAAGGGUAGCGCCAAUUGUGAGAGAGACGAGGACAUAAUAUGGGCGCAGCUGAACACGAUGGAGCGGUGGGGGAGUUGCAACAUAAAGAUAUUAUUUUCUACACAAAAGACGACGUUUCGUAUGCAGAGGAUAGUGGGCUCGACGACGAGGACGUGGUCAGUUACUAUGAUAACCUUUGUGCAGGGUGUGUGGAUUGGGAAGUAGAUAGUGAGAGGGGCCGUGAAGGGGAUGUGUGGGACAGCGAUGAACAUGAGGGGAGGACUGGCGAAUGGUGGGAGAACCUGAUGGCGCUUUGUUCUCAGGACGGCGCCGAGAAUGCUGACGUCGACGGUGUCACUCAUCUGCAGCAGGGUAACGGAGAGCAGGCAGGUGAGUGGGAGGUGGAGCAGGGGUUCAUGGCAGAGGCGGUCGUUGUGGUGGAGAAGAGGCAAGGAAUGGGCGCGAUCGGGGAUAAGGGUUGGAAGGUGGACAACAACAAUAACAACAACAACAUCAAUAACAACAACAACAACAACAGCGAUAACAACGAGCAGCGAAUGGGCGAAAUGGGUGAGACAGGCGAGAAGGAUGAUAACAACAACAACAACAACAACAACAACAACAACAACAGCAACAACAACAUCAACAACAACAACGACGAUAACAACGAGAUGAAGGAGAUGGGAGAGAAUGAUGUCAGCAACAACAACGACAACAACAACGACAACAACAACAACAACAACAACAACAACAACAAUAACAAAGACAAUGAUGACAAACACAUGGAUGAGAUGGGAGAGAAUAAUAACAACAAAAACAAUAACAAUGACAACAACAACGACGGUGAGCUGGGAUUGGGUGAAAUUGGCAAGGAGGGCGAGAAGAAUGAUAACAACAACAACAACAACGACAGUGAAAACAACAACAACGACAACAUCAACAACAAUCAUGACGAUGGUGGCGUGGGGCAGGGAGGGGUUGUUGUGCAUCCAAACUCUGUAUCAGCAUCAUGGGGAAGAUGCUGCCAUCAACGAGGUGGGGGGGAAUUAGUAGCGUGUUGGGAAUGGUGAAGUGGGGUUUGUGCUUGAAGAUACGACUUACCGUUCCCCCCCACCCGUACUUGGUGUUUUCUCAUGCUGAUUCGUC